AUGUCUUCUUUACAAGUCACUGUGGCUUCUCCGGAUGAGAUAAUAAUGUCACCCCCAUCAUCAAAGAAAGAGGAGUACUUCGAUAAACUUACUGGAGUCCUAUCUCCUAUCCACCACUCAUCGUCCUCAUCUGAGACAUCCUCCGCCCCAGAACCACUAGCAGCUACUUCGGAACCUUCCAAGUCCGUAGAAGGAAAGGUUGCCCCGGCUUCUCCUCCCCCAGGGUGCAAAUCUACCGAUACCGCAGAGACAGCCUUCAAGAAGAUCACUAUCCCCUCUUUUACCGUCUCAUAUGAGAUCGAACAGCUGGCCGCUCGUCACAAACCAUCGUCUUUCUCUCCACGAACCGUCCAACGUUUAACCGAAAGGAAUGUCGUCACCACUACACCUGCUUCUUUUCCCAUGACCGGCAAGGCCCCAAAACCACAACCCUUGAAACCCACACAAUUGUCUACUGAUGAAUCACCUUUUCAUCAAUCUCAAGCCCUCGCUGGUUUAUCCGCCUCCCAGGUCGCGAAUGGAAUGAUCACACUUCAGAUCACCCCGGCCCAAUAUACCGAGAUAGUCCAAGCUGUCCUUAGUCGGAAACCAACCUCAUGUGCUACGAGUGGACGAAGAAUUUCAGAAGGUCAUCUGGGGAAAGAACAUUCCCACUUACCAACUCCUCCCCUUACCAUCAACACUGUCUCGACACCCCUCCCGAACAUCCCUGAUUCAAACAUGACCCCCUUGGAAAAUGUCCACCAGGUAGGGGGAGACAAUCGACUUGGACAGAAUGAUCAGGUUCAUCAUACCAAUCCUCAAGUCCAAGUACCAUCACACUCCGCCCUCAGUAAAUCAGACAAUUGUUUACCCCACGCGAAGCAACCUAUGUCUUUACAUACCUUUCAACAACUUUAUCCUGCUCCAUUGCCUUCGCAAGCAGAAUUUCAUCUCCCUCGUACCCAUUCAUUACCCGGUCAUUCAUCUCUCAAUCGACAACCAGCUCUUAAUCAGCAUCUCACUCACAAUCAACCCUUUCUCAGUCAAUAUCCCUCUCUCAAUCAGCAAGUCCACAUCCCGAACGAGCAUAUCAAUCAUCCCCAGAAUCGUCCUUUCUGUUCAGAUCGAGGGUCUGUACCAAACCACACAGGAGUAAGCAGUACCAAUCCAACACCAAACUCGGCACUUCCAAACCAGCCUCAACCAGGUAAUCCACCAGUAGUCAAGCCGUACCCUCCACCCGAGACCAUUUAUAAAGAGUUAGUCGAUGGGCUCAGUACCGGUCGAUUCACUUUGGAUUGGACUCUUAGUUAUCUUGCCGAUCUCCGAUAUGCACAUACAAAACUUCUUCAAGCAUACGAAAAUACAAAGAGAGAGAACGAAGAUCUUGGAAAGCGCUGGAAGACUGCUCAAUCGACCAUGCAGAGCAUAUUUGAUGGGAGACAUACUACACCUGACGAAGGACAAAAUCAGAGGAGGGGUGAGAAACGGGUGCGGAUGAACUAG